GACCUCACUUGAGCCCCAUUACGCCCAGCUGCUCUUUGAAGAAUGUAUCAUGGAGCCCAACAGCCAACCCAACAUCUGUAUCAUCGGCGCUCAAUGCACAGGCAAAACAACCCUGGUCAAUGCCUUGGAGACAUAUUUCACCACCGCGCAGCCACUCGCAACAGCAUGCCCCCGCCCAAUCGUUAUCCGCGAAGUAGCCCGCUCCGUUCUCCAAGCCCACGCUUUGACGGCUGCUGAUAUUCGUUCCUCUCGCGACCGAACCCUCGAGCUUCAGAAACUCAUCCUCCACGCCCAGGUCAAGGUAGAGCGUCAAGCUCUUCAAACUGGGGCCUGGUUUGUAUCGGAUCGCUCAGGCGUGGAUCCCAUCUGCUACGCGCUCACAUAUGCGGACAGAAAAGAAGCAUCAUUACUACUAGCUAGUGAAGAAUGGGAAGAAUUGAGGAAUAGGAUGGCAGAGGCUCUCGUCGUCGUCUGCGAGUCUGGCGCAGACUGGCUGAACGAUGAUGGUGUAAGGCUAAUGCCACUUGACUCCAAUGAAUGGAUGGAGCUGCACAACAUGUUUUGUAAGCUGUUAGAUGAUCUAGGCUUGUCGUACGUGAUCUUACCUUCGAAGUUAGUAGACCUUGAUGGAAGAGUGGACUUUGUCUUG